AAAAACUGCAAAACAAACAGACAGAUGGCGCAAAGGGAGAAUUAGUGGGAGUGGGAGAAUUAUAGAGAGGGGAGGGAAGAUAUUUCAGGGAUGAUGUGUCUGGAAUGACAACUGUUGCCUUCCCUCCACCCCGUCAUCCACCCCUCCUGCACUGUCUCUCUCCAGCUCUCUCUAUCAAAUCCCACUCUCUCACCUCUGGGCCCUUCAAUGACCACAAGUUUUCCAACCACCGACCCCUCUCUCCCUCUCUCUCUGUACGUUUCAGGAUAAAUAUAGAACGCUGUACUCUUUCCGCAUGAGCUGUGACACACCUCCCAACUACACAUGGGAGCGAACGGUAUAUAUAAAGGCUGGGGACCUAUAGUGUUAAAGAACACAAGUACCUAAACACAGGGGGAAAAACAGACAGUUUAAAAAAAGAGUAGCAUCUACCCAGCACACCACCUCUCUGUACCUCCCUCCUCUCUCCUUCUACUCUCCUCCUCUGCUUUACCCUACACUCACAUCCAUCCAUGAGUGUGACCAACUCUUCUGCUUAUCGAUCGGAGCGUAGUUUCCACCAGACUUCCUCCUCCUCAUCAUCAUCCUCCUCCUCGUCCUCUGGUAACCCGUACAUGGAGAAAAGCCGGGGACUGUUCACUGAGGACUUUGGCUCCUUCAUGAGGCCCGGGAGCGACGCCCUGGGGUUUUCCAGCGAUGCUGGAAAUAUUAAAACUCUCGGGGACACGUACCAGUUCACGGUCGAUGUGCGAGACUUCUCCCCUGAAGAUGUCAUCGUCACCACAUCCAAUAAUCAGAUAGAAGUUCGUGCAGAGAAGUUGGCUCAGGACGGUUCAGUCAUGAACACAUUCACCCACAAGUGUCAGCUUCCUGAAGAUGUGGACCCCACCUCAGUGACAUCAUCACUGGGCGCAGAAGGAACACUAACGGUUCGGGCAAGGAGAAAUCCGGCCAAACAUGAGCUUGUACAGACCUUUCGCACCGAGAUCAAAAUCUAAAGAAUGACCAGUGUAUGACAGCAAACCUCUAACUUGUUGGUGUUUGUGUGUGUGUUUCAAUCGACUUUCUUUAUUUCCUGCUUUAUUGACAUCUCUCUAUUUUAACAACCACCUUAAAAGAAAUCUAACCCUUCCUGUAUAUGGGAAGAUCCAUCAUAGACUGUACAUAAGAAAUGGAUUGAGCCUGCAGUUGCAAGAACUGAACCUGAUCACAUGGAUUAUAAUUAGGCUGGCUGCAAAAGGAAUUACAUGUAAACAAAAAUCGCAACUAAAUGGCUGCUUUUCACUUCUUGUGUUGAGUCUUUUUCAGUAUGUUUGUAUUAUGGUCUAGGUUUGUUCAUUCACAGCAGGAUAAGGUCAUACUGUACCUGCUGAGAAGACAGAGAGCAAUGUUGGCUCAUGUGUAGUAUUUGCACAAGAGAACACAUACAUGUACGGUUUCUCAUUCAUUUGUUGUACUUUGUUUUUAUUAGUCUGAAUAAACUCAAAUUUGACAGUAAACAAAUCU